UUGAGGUUCAACAAGGCUAUCGGAUAUUGCCAAGGUUUCAAUGUCAUCGCUGCUUUGAUUCUUCAAGUGGUUGAAUAUCGUACGGAUGAAGCUCUGAAGAUCAUGAUCUUCCUUAUUGAACACGUAAUGCCUCAAGGUUUCUUCGAUCAUUCACUUGGAGCCCUUUCUGUGGAUAUGAUCGUCAUGAAGGAUCUGAUGCUUCAACGCUUACCGUCUACAAUACAGCAUCUUGAAAUGUUGCAGAGUUCUUCAGAAAAUGAAUACGAGCCACCACUUCCGAAUAUCUUCUCUAUGCAUUGGUUUCUCACGCUGUUUUCCACAUGCCUACCAAGAGACUGUGUGAUGCGAGUUUGGGAUGCGCUGUAUGUUAGCAGAGGAUCCGAAAUCCUCCUCCGAACUGCUGUUGCACUGUGGUCAAAAAUGAGCAGAAAAAUACUGCGAACAUCCAGUGCUGACGAGUUCUACACACUCAUGGGCAAGCUCUGUAAAGAGUUGGUGGAGAUGAAUCAGGAAGAGCAAGAUCAUCUCAUGACGGUUAGCCACUAUUUCCUUUAUUCGAAUGCACAAAAAAUUCUAACAGUAAUAAACUGA